CGAAAUUUUUAAAUAACCAAUUAUUUACGUGUCGUUAAUACUUGGAUCGUUUACGUUUAUCGCAAUCAUUGAAAAGGGAAAUAUAUGAUGACGAUAAUCGUCGAUUCGACGGUUCGAACCAGAACCGAGUAUUUCGCAAAGAUCGAGGGCUGUUGCUAGACGCCGCGGCCGGCGCGUCGCGGCGCCGAUCUCGAGCGCCGGCAGGAGUCCUGAGAAGGGGUGGUAAAACUAUAAAACUGCCCUCGGUGUCGCUGGUUGUUCGCAAACGCGUCCACCCUGCGUACGAAGAUCCGACGAUCUCAGUUUUAAUUGUAUCCUCGCGAAAAGGAACAUCGCAAAUAAAGUUUGUUUCCCGAAUCGUAUCGUUAGAAACUCGCGGACAUGUAUCGAAAGAUUCAAUUGAGUUUCCUCGCGAUAGUAUUCUUGUUAUGCUUGAGUUUCGAGCUUGGCGCGGACGCUCAGCUAAACUUUUCUACCGGCUGGGGAAAGAGAAGCCAGCAGAGGGUUAGUGGUUUCGAGCGGGCUAACGGCGAGUGCAUUUUCCAGGCUAAACCUUCGUUGGAACAGCUGCUAAUCGUCUAUAAUAUUAUACAGACGGAAGCGAAGAAAAUGAUGGAUUGUCGAAAGCUCUACGAAUGAAUCCGAGAGGAUCGAUCGGACUUAGCGGAUUUAGACAUCUUAGACAUUGGACUGUACUCGAGAGACUCGUUCGAAGAAAUUACCAACGAGUGUUACUUAGUCUUCUCUGUGAGUUUCGCUGGAUCGUGAUUCAAGUAUAAUAAAUAACGUUCCACGGAGCACGCGUUUUUCCGGCUACAAAUCAACGAGUGACGCUCGUUUCUUCGCUUCAUAACCUUCCCGAGCCCGUUUCAACGUACCUUGUACACAAUUUACGACAGGAACGAUAAU